CUGGCUGGCUCCCUGGCUGCGGCUCCUCAGUCCGCGGCGGCUGCUGCUGCCUGUGGCCCGGGCGGCUGGGAGAAGCGGAGUGUUGGUGGCUAAAUGACCAUGGAAUCUGGAGCAGAGAACCAGCAGAGUGGAGAUGCAGCUGUAACAGAAGCUGAAAACCAGCAAAUGACCGUUCAAGCCCAGCCACAGAUUGCCACAUUAGCCCAGGUAUCUAUGCCAGCAGCUCAUGCAACAUCAUCUGCUCCCACCGUAACAUUAGUACAACUGCCCAAUGGACAGACAGUUCAAGUCCAUGGAGUUAUUCAGGCGGCCCAGCCAUCAGUUAUUCAGUCUCCACAAGUCCAAACAGUUCAGUCUUCCUGUAAGGACUUAAAAAGACUUUUCUCCGGAACUCAGAUUUCAACUAUUGCAGAAAGUGAAGAUUCACAGGAGUCAGUGGAUAGUGUAACUGAUUCCCAAAAACGAAGAGAGAUUCUUUCAAGGAGGCCUUCCUACAGGAAAAUUUUGAAUGACUUAUCUUCUGAUGCACCAGGAGUGCCAAGAAUUGAAGAAGAGAAGUCUGAAGAGGAGACUUCAGCACCCGCCAUCACCACUGUAACGGUGCCAACGCCGAUUUACCAAACUAGCAGUGGACAGUAUAUUGCCAUUACCCAGGGAGGAGCAAUACAACUGGCUAACAAUGGUACCGAUGGGGUACAGGGCCUGCAAACAUUAACCAUGACCAACGCAGCUGCCACUCAGCCGGGUACUACCAUUCUACAGUAUGCACAGACCACUGAUGGACAGCAGAUCUUAGUGCCCAGCAACCAAGUUGUUGUUCAAGCGGCCUCUGGAGAUGUACAAACAUACCAGAUUCGCACAGCACCCACUAGCACCAUCGCCCCUGGAGUUGUUAUGGCUUCCUCUCCAGCGCUUCCUACACAGCCUGCUGAAGAAGCCGCACGAAAGAGAGAGGUUCGUCUAAUGAAGAACAGGGAAGCAGCACGAGAGUGUCGUAGAAAGAAGAAAGAAUAUGUGAAGUGUUUAGAAAACAGAGUGGCAGUGCUUGAAAACCAAAACAAGACACUGAUUGAGGAGCUAAAAGCACUUAAGGACCUUUACUGCCACAAAUCAGAUUAAUUUGGGAUUUAAAUCUCACCUGUUACAUUGGACAAAGAACUGGCUUGGCCACAACCAGAAAGACAAAAUAAACAUUUUAUUUUCUAAACAUUUCUUUUUUUCUAUGCGCAAAACUGCCUGAAAGCAACUACAGAGUUUCAUUCGUUUGUGCUUUUGCAUUAAACUGUGAAUGUUCCUACACCUGCCUCCACUUCUCCCUUCAAGAAGUUUUCAGCACCAGGAAUCAUGAAGAAACUUUUGCAGUUCAUCCCCCAUCCUCAAGAAGUAAUAAUUGAUUGACUUUGUAAAUUGAUGGGGGAAAUGAGGAAAAGAAAAAUUUUUUUAAUUUCAAGGUUUGUGCUGAGCGCCUUGAUUGCCUUAGGGACAGAAUUACCCCAGCCUCUUGAGCUGAAGUAAUGUGUGGGCCACAUGCAUAAAGUAAGUAAGGUGCAAUGAAGAAGUGAUUGCCAAAUUGAUGUUUCUACAUUUUCAUUGUGAAUUAUGUAAAAUCAUUAAAAGAAAUACCCUCUAAAGAAUGGUGUUGAAGAAAGUAAGAAUGAAUUUGGAGUGCUUUCUAUGUACAAUCUCUUCAAUACUGAAAACAUCCUUGAUUCUUAAAAACAUUCUGUAUUAACUACAGCUCUUCUAUAGGGCAGUUGUUGCUUCUUAAUUUAGUUCUGUAUGUGUUCAACAUUUUUGAAUACAUUAAGAGAAGUAACCAACUGGAUGAAAAGGCAUGGUAUUUUAAUUUUAAAUUAAAUUGAAAUAAAUGUAAGUACAAAUUU